AUGGCAGGGAGCCUCUCUUGGGCUGGCAGAGGCCUGUGGAGCUGGGUGCCCUUGGCCUGCAGAAGUUUCUCUCUGGGUGCUUCUAGAUUGUUCCAUGUAAGGCUUACCCUCCCACCCCCUAAAGUGGUAGAUCGUUGGAACGAGAAGAGGGCCAUAUUCGGGGUGUAUGACAACAUUGGGAUUCUGGGUAACUUUGAAAAGCACCCCAAAGAACUGAUCAGGGGUCCCAAAUGGCUUCGAGGUUGGAAGGGGAAUGAAUUACAACGUUGUAUCAGAAAGAAGAGAAUGGUUGGGAAUCGAAUGUUCAUUGAUGACCUGCACAAACUUAACAAACGCAUCAGCUAUCUUUACAAACACUUUAAUCGACAUGGAAAGUACCGGUAGAAGAGAAGACUGA